AACCCAUUGACAAGUCUCUGACUACCCCGGCCUAGAGUCGCCCCAUCUCCUUGUCGUCUGCCGUCUCCUACACUCCCUUCCUCUACCCCCAACAUGGCGUUACGACCCUUCUCGCGCCAGUCGCAGUCGACUGCAGCACAGUCACCGAAUAGUAAUGCGCUUUUGUUUGGCGCUUCCCGACCAACAAAUGGCACCACCUCAAACGACCCGCUCCAACCACUGCGCGCAAUGGCCGACCGCGUGGGCAAGGAGGUCGAGAAGUUUGCAGAGCGAGUCGACCACUGGCACACGCACGGAAACGACUCCAAGAGGGCCAAAUAUCACACCACGGUCAAGUUGGUGGGCAAAUUCCAGGAUGUCGCAGAAUCUCAUGUCAAGGAGCUGAAGCGAACAACCGAAGCAGAGAACAAGGGCAGUCUAAGCAAAACUAUCCGGCGGCAGAUACAGAGCAUGGCAGAUGCGUCGGAGAAUGCGCCUCAGAGUCUCUUCGCUCAGUCAUCCCAAUCCAUCAAUUCGUCGAUUGAGAACAACACCGCCCCUGUUUCCGCGAACGUCCAGGAGCUUCGAGAAUGGCAGGCCGAGCUUGCGACAUGGAAACUACUCAAGCUUGUCAUUGAACACUACCACCCUGAUCCCGAUACCGAUGUAGCUGCAGAAAAGAAGGCGCGUUUGGAGACUGCUGGAGGCACUGCACGGUACUGCAAGAAUAGCGAGAUUUGGGACCGGUUCAUACUGGAGGAUGACCAGGCGAAAGAGAAGGCUCUUGUCCUUCGUUGGUUAGAGCAGACUGCACGAGACAGCGAAAGCGACGUCAAGGCCAUCACCGCAGCACUCGAGGAGCAUUCGGGCAAGGGCGCGCAUACAUGGACAAGUGGCUGGCUUGACACCAAGGCGAAGAUUAAGCAGGCGAAGCGUAUGGAGGGUGCCGAACAGCCAUUAAAGCCCGGCAGCACAAACAUCCAGACCUCGGACAAGACCGCGAACCUUGUAACACAGCUCGACCCAGAUGCUCCCUCCAGGCAGAAACGUGCGCUUGAAAAGAACGACGAGUACUACGAGCGUUCCCUUUGGAUGGUUGCAUACGAGAUGAUGCGCCGUGGACUGCCGUGGACAACCAUUGUUGACUGGUGCUACGAACGAAACGAAUCCUGGCGCGGAGUCAGCAUUGGAGCAGCAUAUGAGAGUCAUCCUGAAGGUGGUCCUAAUGUUGCCGGGCCAACUGUUGGCUAUCUGUUCCGCCGCAUGUGUUUCUAUGCUGCGAGGGGGGCACGGAUACCUUACGAGGGCGCAGUAUACGGCCUGUUGAGUGGAGACUUGAAGCAAGUGCAAGCAGUCUGUCGAUCUUGGGACGACCAUCUUUAUGCCCAUUACAACGCCCUCCUUCUUUCCCGGUUCGAUAUGUACCUCCAAAAGAACUAUCCUACCAAGGUGACUGAGAGCCUAACCCAGAAGUUCCUGUUCCAGGAUGCUGUAGCCAACAUUGGAGAUUGGGAGGCUUCGCCUGAGAAGGUCAUUGGCAUAUUAAAGCAACAGAGGAGUACUGCUAGCCAAGCUAUAUCACCGAUUAAGCUCAUUCAAGGCGCGCUUAUCGGCAGAGAUGCUGACGACCUGAUGCUGAAAGUUGGCAUGGCCUUAGCGGAUAUGUUUGCUCAAGACAAACGACCUCACAGCCUUAUCAUACACCCAGAUUCGCCAGAGGAAGACCGAUCGCCUAUACCAGCAGGAGAGUACCGGACCUUUGAAGCAGAGCGAUACUACCAGAACCUUGUCAAAGAUCCCCACGCUUUUCGAAUCUUGGUGCACAUCUUCAUUGUCCUCCGUAAUGGACUUCAUACGCUCUUUGACGAUACACAACAAGACAAACAGUUCCUAACCAUGGACAAUGUCAUCGCUGCCUACAUUGAGUUCCUGCGCCUUACUCACCGUUUUGAUGCCAUCCCGCUUUACGCGGCGCAGCUGAUCGAAGAGCGUGCGGCAUAUACCCUAGCACGCGUCCUUCCCGACAUCAAGAACAGCACUGAGCAACGGCACUGCGUUGCGCUGAUGGAAUCAUAUCGACUCGAUGUUAUCCAGGUCGUGUCUCAGAGCUUUACGUUUGCUGCACGGGAUAGUGGAUUCACCCACUUCAACAGUGCGGGCAUUACUGUCAUCACAAACCCCAUCAAGCGUUUCAAAAUCUUGGAGCAGGUCAGCGUACCUCAUGAGCAAGUCCUGUGGCCUGGUGUACGUAUAAAGCGGUCAUUCGAUGGCGAGCAAAUCAGCGAGCAAGAUGAGAUUAUUGUUGAUGCCUUGCAAUGGUACAACUAUAUUGGCAGAGAUUACGAACACACAUUUGAGCACCUCAACAAUGCGCUGACCAUCUUCCUUCUCAACGGUCGCUUAGCUGCUGCCGAGAAGGUCAUUAAUGAUCUCAGCGUCGAGUCUCUCUCGCUGUCACGUACAGAAGCCCUUACUGGCUAUCCUUUCGAUUUGAUGACUCCUGGAGCAGAAGAACAAGAUGAGCGUCAACUCCAUGAGCAUCGGGACAGUCUCUCAGCCGCCGCACGAGCUUCUGCGAUUCCUAUUUCACAACUGCCUGAUGCCAACCAGCACAGGGAAUUGGUGAUGCAAUUGCGCCAAGCCAGCUUGCCAUACUACAACCUCCAGCAAAUCGUUCGCCUACUCAUCCUUUUCCGCGAAUGGCGCGAGGAGGAGCAAGCACUCAUACAGAUCCGUGCCGACCGUCAGAAAGAGACCACCGGUGCGAAGGCAAAACCAGACACUCAACAUACGAAGGCUCUUCUGGACUCCAUUUCCACCAUCUUUGACACACUCCUACCCUCGAUCUCUCUCUAUUCCACCGCCGACUCUCACUACUUGACAGAGCAAACGUGGGAUCUCCUCAAAGCCUACAUUCCCGACAUCAUUCUUGCCUAUCUCUCCGUUCUCCAGUCUGCAUCGUGGUUCUUGAACAAGGACCCCGCUAUCAAGGCCAUGGAGGUUGCUGUUGUCAUAGCUGAUAAGAGUAACGAGUGGCUGCAACGCUGUCUACUAGAGACUGGCAGGAUGAGUGAGGUAUUGGAGUGUUUGGCUGGCGUAUCCAAGUGCAUGUUGAAGCUCACCGAGGGUGGCAAGGAGAAGGGCAACAAGAAGCGAGGAGGCAAGGGAGAGACGCUGAGAAUAUGGGAUUUGGGUGCUAGAUAGCGCGCGUGCAGAGAAAUGGAGAGAAAAUGACUACUGCAUGUGUAAUAUACUUUUUUUUCUUCUGGUUUUGCGCUAGCUAUAGUCUGCAUGAAGAGCACAUCUAUAGAAGCACUAACUAUAUGAUAU